UUGGCCAAGCAGCACGUCCGGCAAGGAUGCAGCACAGCGCAAGCUUAUGGAUAGCGGUUUUCUGUUACAUUUUCGCCACGACCUUCUGCGAGCCCGACAGCGGCCCGGAUGCGUUCCCCGAACCGGUGUGUGGACAAAUUGCGCAAAUGCUCGACGGGUGUUUCCACAACUCGACGCCCAACAUCGCCGUGGAGCUGCUGUACAGCGUGCAGAUUCCGCAAAGCGUCGAGCAGAUCAACAGCCGUUGCCUGCUGUUCAAUCGGGGCAUGGAAUGUGUCCAGCGGUACCUGAACGUGUGCAUAGAUUCCAAGGAGCGGCUCAUCAUCGACAACGAGGUGUACGGUGCCAAGCGAUUGUACGAGUUUCUCUGCCGUGAUCGAGCCUUUCAGCAAGAGUUUCUUCGGCACAGGGAGUGCUUCCAGCAUGUGCACCUUGAGCUGGAAUCCUGCUCGAAAAGCUUCAUCUCGAUCCUGAAGGAGGAAAUGACGAAAACUACGCAGCAAUCGUUCAACCUGCGGUACAUGCACUUUUGCUGCGCCCGAUACGCGUACGAUAACUGCGUGUACAACAGCGCCCGGCACAUCUGCAAACCAAGCUCGGCCGAGUUUUUGCGCCGGAUUGCCAAGCUUCUGUCGACCGAUAAGCACUUUCUGAACUGUGAUAAGAUCGAGCACGAGGUGUGCUCCGACGGCCAACCGUUGCCCAUCGAAUGGCGGCUUGUGGUCGUGCUGGCCAUCAUGUCGUUACCGCUUGUGACCCGCUUCAAUGGAGCGCCAUAGUUCCUGCUCGCACGCCGACACGGAUUAUCGAGGCUGGUGCCGUAAUCCACCUGGUCGUACCAGCGUACCAGUGGCUUUGGGCACGUUGUUGCGUGGUGAUCAAUCGCCUUUUGCAAUAGGCUGCUUGCUGUAAGUGGCUGUAAAGCACAAUGGCGGAUCAGCGUUGUUAAAAAGGGCUUUUAAAAUGUUUUCGCUC